UUUGGUCUUGUCUUGGAGGUUAAAGUUGAAGAGGGGGCGGAGGCGGAACCGAAACAGAACCAAACUUUUCUGGUUUAUACCACGAAUAAGGUGAUCAGGCUCUAGCUGCUGUUGUUAUGUUAUUUAAGUCACUGGUGGGGAGUGCCUGCACUCUGCUAGGAGCUGCUACAGCCCUCAGAUUCGGUACGUGGACACGCUUUUCUGUAUAAUGUGAACACAUGGCUGAUAUAUGAGGUUUUGUAGUAAAAACGAACAUUUAAAAGUGAAUGUUUAUUUCUGUGGUGGUUGUCGCUAACAUGUAAACAGAGCUGGCUGCUGCAACUGCUUGAAAACGUCUGUACCUUCUUACAUAAUCUCCUCCAUGAUCGAUACUGAGGCAAUGAAUGACAAACUAAAGAGUUAAUUAUUUAAGCUCACCGUGUUUACAUUUAGAAUACAGGUAAAUACGGUGGCCCUGAAGGUCAACUAAACGAACAUUUCUGAUCAUUAAAAGCAAAAAUAACUUUUCUGAACGUGGUUUUAAUUUUUUUUUCAAACGAAAAAUGUGUCACAAUAUUCAAUAAUAUUCAUUUGUUUGUUUUUCUUCACAUUAUUUGGAAAUAAAAUCGCAUUUUGUUUUGGCAUUUAGGGUGGGCAAGAAGUCUGCUGACAUGAUGUGUAUAUAUCGUCAGUGUCUGAUUCUGAAUGUAAAUAAAAAUAGAUUACAAAAAAAAGAUAUUUCCUAAUUUGUAGUAAGUAGUUGGAGACAAAAUUAAUUCAGAAAACAGGAAAAUAUUGUUUAAAUUACAAACACUUCUCACAAAAUAUGAACAUAUUCAGCGGUUCCUCAUUUUAUUUAUGAAAAAAAAAACAUACUGAAUUAUUUUUAAGUAAACUGCCAUGCUUUUUGUGUUUUAUAACACAUUUUGUUUUCUGAAAUAUUUUAUUCAAUGGCUUUAGGACUCCCUCUGUGAGCCACUAAAUAUUUUGGCCUUUUAUGAUUUUUUUUUUACUUUUUUUUUUUUCAAUACUUUGGGGUUUCUACACUAUUUUUGUUUGGUUAUUUUACACUCAGUGAAUUGUUUGUGAAGUUGACUUUAGAGCCCGGAUAGCUCAGUCAGUAGAGCAUCAGACUUUUUUUUGUACAUACUAGUAUAUUACCUCUUUAUUUUUUACUGAUUUGACCUAUUUUAUCUGGUUAUCUUUUUAUUUUUACUUAUUUAUCUCCUCUUUUUAAUGUAUUUACUCUACAAAAUCAAUCCCCCCCCCCCCCCCCCCCGGGAAUUAUUAAAGUAUUUCUGAUUCUGAUUCAUUCUGAUUUGCCACCUUAUACUUUAUUGCGCUACACUCUGAAUGACCUAUACUUUUUCACUUUAACUCUGAUGUCACUUCUCCUUUUACGUCUACUUGCUCAUGUAUGGUUUCCCGAUUCUCAAGUUUUACUCCUAUCAUACUGCUUUAUUUCUCAUUCACAUGUUUCCUUAUUCCUCUGUGUUUAUUUGUCCCUCAUAUUUCUCAACAACCAGUUUCCUCUUUGCUCAUGAAACACACCUUAUUUUUUUAUCCUACUGUGAAAUACUUUCAGUUUGCUGGUGCUGCUAGUUGCAUAACUUGAACAUUUAUUCUACCUUUGUCUAAGUUAAUACUUGACUGAUCAGUGGGUUAUCAUACUUAGCUAAUCUAUCAUUACUUGGACUGUAGCCAUAAAGGAAUAUGGGAAUAUUAUCUCCCAUACAGUCAGACUUUUACACAAACACAAAGAGUUUUUUAAAGAUAAACCAAACCUGUCCUUACAUAAUCCCGUCUGACAUUUCUCUCUGUCAAAUAUUGACUCAUAUCAUCUCUUCAAGCACCCGUAGAAGUCAAGGCCCAGGCAGCUGCUCUCCUUCACAGCGCAGUGAGGAAGUCCUCCCUGGUGGAACAAGCAAACAUGAGAGUUGAACUCCUCCCGGCUCUCUCUGACAACUACAUGUACCUCCUGAUCGAUGCAGACACCAAGGAAGCGGCUGUUGUUGACCCCGUCGAACCCGUGAAGGUUCGUGCUUUAUAUUAUUGUACUUUACAAUAAUCUUUUUUACUUAAAGUUGGAAUAUUAUUAUUGAUCUUAUGACUCUUUAAACAUGCCCCUUUUUAUGAUAAGUGGUAUUUUAUCUGUAAUAUUUAAUGCAUUUCUCUGAUUAAAUCUUUGUACUGUUACUUUGGAGGGAUUUUUGGAGCAGGUUGGAUAUUUUUUUUUACCCCACAUUAAAAAUUUAUUUGUCAUGACUGUGUUAUAUCAUAUCAGUUUAUUUUACGUAUUUUUUAUGUUCAUCUUUAUGUCAAAGAUGACACAAGUUUUCUGAGAUCUUUGUCUGACAAACAGAAAAAGAAAUAUGGAAGAAAACAGUGGCUAAAGUAGCUCAUACCAAGACUGGGGGAUAUUCAGUGAUGUUUAUAUUUCUCUGUUUUCACUAAGCAGUUCACUCCUUUUCUCUUCAACAGGUUUUGGAGGCUGUCAGGAAACAUGGGGUUAAACUCACUACAGUUUUGACCACCCAUCACCACUGGUAAAAUACACGCUAAUUACCCACCAUUCGCACACAGCACCAUAUGCAGGGAAGCGUUUUCAUGCUGAUACAGUUACUUGUGAAAAAAACAUCAGUAUUCACACCAUGCUGAUAAAUUUCUCUCCGUAGGGAUCACGCCGGUGGAAAUGAGAAGAUGUUAAGGCUAAUGCCAGGACUGCGAGUCUAUGGAGGAGACGACAGAGUUCCUGCUCUGACAAAGAAAGUCACUCACUCCAACAAUUUCAAAGUAAGAGAAGCUUAAAGUCUAUUUUUCAAUCUGAAUUCAGCCACAAAGUGACUCAUUUACUGUUUCCAGAUUGGAUCACUUCAUGUCAAAUGCCUUUUCACACCGUGUCACACUACUGGUCACAUCUGCUAUUACGUGACGAAAGAAAGCAGCACCGAGCCACCGGCUGUUUUUACAGGUAUGUUUAUCAGAUGAGGCUAAAGAGAAAACACAAUCAAGUCUCCUGGAUCGGCCCAUUUUCUAAACACUGAAGCAGCUUCUGUCAUGUUCGACCUAUUAACACAAAGACGCUCUUUGGUUUUCAUGCAGGAGACACACUGUUUGUGGCUGGUUGUGGUAAAUUCUUUGAGGGGACAGCAGAGCAGAUGUACAGAGCACUGAUAGACAUUCUCGGAUCUUUGCCUCCUGAAACGGUAAAUAUACUGAACUUCUACUUGUUAUAUCGACAUAAAUACUGACCCUGAAAGUCUAAAUGUAACCGUGGAGAUUGAAAUCAGACUUCAGGGAUCAUUAUCAUAUCAUGUUUGGAUUCAAAGCUUGAGAGCUGAACUUUUCCACUGAAGCCUUUUCCAAACACAUCAGCGUAUUGCUGACUAAGCCUGCAGCUGUGAGGUUAAUCUGUAUCUUGCAGCAAAAUGGAUUACAAAACAAAGUAUCUGCAGCAACACGCCCACAUAGCCAGAUCUUUUAUGUCUAACAGCAGUGAUUAAAUUUGGUGGCACUUUUAGCAGCGGAAUAAUGUGACUAUAGAGAUUGAUUUUGCAUAUGUCAACCACAAAAAGGGACUGGUAAGAAAAGCUCCGCAGGAAGAUAUAAAUGGGAUAUAAAACAUUAUGACCGUAGGAGGAUAAGUUGUUUGUAAUUUCUUCUACUUUCAAAGGGGGAAACAAAAGUUCAAAAGACUGACCGCCCUCUGUAUGUCUGUGCUUUAGCGUGUCUACUGCGGUCAUGAGUACACCGUCAGUAAUCUGAAGUUUGCUCGUCAUGUGGAGCCGGACAACAAGGUCAUUCAGGAGAAGCUGGCAUGGGCGAAGGUAUCUGACCGGCCUGUCCUACAUAAACGAUAACUUCCUCAAAGAGUUGGUUAAAUAUCUCAUCCUGAAUCUGAAUGAAAAUGUCUUUUUCCAGGAGAAGUGCAGCAACGGAGAGCCCACCAUCCCGUCCACUUUGGCAGAUGAGUUCACAUUUAACCCCUUCAUGAGAGUAAAGUAUGUCAAGAUAACUCCAUACCAUUUAUAAAAGCUGCAUCUAGAAUUGUUUGCUGCAUGUCUGAAGGUGUUUUUGUGUUUAGAGAGAAGACCGUGCAGGAGCAUGUGAAGCAGACAGAUCCGACUGAAACCAUGAGGAGUCUCCGGAAAGAGAAAGAUGGCUUUCGUGUGCCCAAGGAGUGAUGUCCGCUGCACUCAUGCUGAUUAUUCCUUAAAAUCUACUUACAACACUGCAAGCCGUCUGUAGUAUGCCACAAAAAAGAUCUUUAUUCAUCUCUGAAGCCACUUGAUGUAGAUCUGCUUCACUUAAUCUCAGUGCACUCACUCAUCGUUAUCGUCAUCAUCCGCCCCGGAGCGGCUACAAACUUGUUUGUCAUGAUUUGAGUUGUUUUCUGUUGGUUUGGACAAUGUUGAUGUCAUAGUUUUAAGGAAUAUUUGGCCAUUAUUUGGACGCUUUAACAGGGAAAUAAGUUUGUUUUUAUGUAAAUGCAAAUUUUAGAGUCUAUUUAGUUUCAUGUUGUAAUAUAUUGAUGCGAAAACUGCUAUUUCAACAAGUGUUCAGGAAACAAAAACCAUGACAGGGAGCCGAUGGUGAAAGAAUGUCGGAGUACGUGUUAAAUAUCUGUAAAUUGAUAAAAUAAUUUCUCUAAAGAUUUGAAUCAAUGUUUUUUUUCAGACCUUUAAUGCUUCCUGAUCAAAACUCUUUUAAUAUUUGCAUGUAAACCUUUAUUUUGGUUUGUUUGUACUCUGUUAAAGAAGAUGCAAAUGAUCAUAAAUUCACUAUAUUUACAGAAACAGUUUGUGCACAACGUAUCGUGUACCCAUCAGUGUAUCAGCGUUAAUGUAAGACACCUUUAAUGUUUUUUUUUAAAUAUUGUACAGCUCCAUAAAUGCAAUCGCAUGAUGUUUGAAAAAGUAAAACGCAUGUAUUUAAAAAUAGCAAAAAUAAAAGUCUUGCAUUCAAAUGGACUUUAUCCAUCUGAAGUAAAGGCAUGCAUUAUA